UACAUUCAGUUCAGAUUCAAUGUUGUGAUUUUUAUUGGGAUUAAGUAUACGAUCUAACAAAGGAUUUAGUUUAAUUAAAGACCCACGUCCACUUAUUUUUAAAUAUUUGCUCUAUGGCCGAAUCAGGAAUAGAAACUGCAGCGGCUCCAGAAUGGUUGGUGAAGCUAGAAAGUCGCCGGGAGCAAAUAAAAGCUAAACUUGGUCAUGAAAGUGGCAAUGGUGCACCUUGUGUUGUUUGCGAAGACAAAUGCCCCGGAUUAGAUUUACAUUUCUGGCGUAAGGUAUGCCGUAAUUGUAAAUGCCGGAAGGAGCAACAUGAUUGCAAAGACGACGAUGUGACUGGUUGGGCUCAAUUUGAAAUUCUUGGCGCAAUUCGUUCCAAACCAGCCUAUAUUAAGAUUUCAGAACUGACCGAUAAGCCUGUUCAACUUGAUUGGAUUCCACCAAAUGUAACUCCUGAGUUAGCGUCCGAUUAUAUGUCCAAAUUAGGAGAAAAUAACAUUCCCAUAGCCGGUAGCGUAGCGGCAGAAAAACGUAAACAACAGUUGGAAUAUCAGGUUCCUCCACACGAUCUGGAUGCAAGCCUGUGUCAUAAUCUUUCGGAAAAUGAAGCAUCGCAGUUGGUAGAGUAUGUGGAGAAAAUUAAGAAAAAUUGUGUUGGUCAAGGAAAUGUCUUCCGAGUUGGAGACAAUAUAAAUUAUUUGCCUAAAUCAAAGGUUAAUACCGCUCCAGUUGCAGAUGAUGUGUCGAAGGACACUCUUGUUAAACGUCUUCUAAACUCGAAACCAAUUCAAGAUGCAAUUUCCGGCAGAGCAGUUAGAACUGAUCGACCAUUGUGCCUUCUAAACGAACCAAUGAAAGCAGAUUUCAUUGGAAGUCCAUUGCUAUCAGACAAAACAAAAUACAAGUUAAAAUUAAUGAAAGUCAAUUCGGAAGCAAUUCAAAGUGUAGUACAAAAUGGACCUGAGCUUGAUUUAAUGUUAAACUCGUUAAAUGCUAGAGGAAUACAAUAUCACGAACAUUGUAAUUUGCUUGGUCCCUUGGAUCGCCUAAGACAGGAAUACCUUAAUAAUCCAAAAUUUCAGGCAGAAAUUGAUAAAUUUGUUGCCGGGUCAACAGAUUUACACGUGCUGAAGAAAACGGCGGAAGAUCCGUUCAAUUCACCUUUACCUUUAAAGCAUUUUGCAAGACGUGAUGCGCCACAGAAUCAGGAUACCCCGAUUAGAAAAUUGAGGUUUGAGCCUUCACAGAUGCUGUCUAAAGAAUGUCAAGCUGCACUAAAAAAAGAUUUAGUGUUAAAAACCAUUCUGAAUUCCGAGCCAUUAAAGUCAACUUUGCACGCGCCGAUUUUUGGCGGAACUCUGAUUAUCACUAAAAAUCCUUUGUUUCCGGAUUUUAUUAGCAGCCCAUUUUUAUCGCCAACUUCAAAGGCUCGCUUAGAAACAAUGAAGAUCAACACACAAACUAUUCAGAGUGCUGUUUUAAACGGUCCGUUCUACGAUGAAUUACUAUCUCAUUUAAACAGAUGCGGUAUAAACUACGCUCAAGAUGCCUUCCUUCAACCAAUUGAUGAUUUUAGAGAUGAGUUUCUCAGCUACGAUAGUGAUAAUGACUUUCAGAAGGAAAUAAUUGAUUUUAUCAAAAAUUCUGAUCUCUCAUCUUUCGGGUUCACUCCAGCGGAGGUUCCAGAAAUAGUUGAAAUAAGAAAAAAUGCGCAAAACUCAAAUCGUUUGCUUGCUGAGAUACUGUCUAUUCCUAUCGUUCAAGAUGUUUUAAAUAGUGGACCUCAGCCGGGUAAAGUACUGCAGUUGAAUAAUCUUCCAAUGAAAAACGAUUUUCAAAAUUCGAAACUACCUGAAGCUAUCAAGGAUAAGUUAAACAAAAUGAAGAUUGAUCACCAAGCAGUUGAAAGUGCAGUGGUCUGUGGAUCGAUUUAUGACAAACUAUUCGAUAGACUCAAAAGGAAUGAUAUUAACUAUGCCACCGACUCGAUUCUAAGCCCAAUUGAGCAAUUUCGAAAUGAAUAUCUUCUUGAUGAUAACUUUCGUAAGGAAGUGACACGUUACAUUGCACAUCCCGAAACGUCUCUUUUCGAUUCAACUACAACUAUCCAAGGAUUACAGCAAAAUGAUGAUAGCUUUGCCAAACAAUUAUCUGGUAUGCACAUUUCUCACAGCGAGGACUCUGGCUUUGGAUCUAUUCCGCCUACUCCAAACUAUUCCACAUACCCAGGGGUCUUUAGUUCACCGAAUGUCAAUGAUUUAAAUGCACGGGAAGGAGCUUUCGCUUCUAUCCCAGCCAUCGAGGAUAUGAAUAUGUACCCAGAGAUUCGUCAAAGUCGAAUGACGCCUCCGACAAUCGCUGCUAUCAACCCUUUUAUUCCAUCUUCAAAUGAAAAACUUGAUCAGUUGCCGUUGUCUCCACCUGACGAAAUGGCUUGCAUUGGAUGUAAACAAAAUAUCAUAUUGGGAGAAGUGGCAGUGAAAGCAGAACGCGCAGGUGGUAGUGCUGCCUGGCAUCCUCAAUGCUUUAAGUGCCACAAAUGUGACGAACUGCUGGCCGAUUUAGUUUACUUCUAUCAUGGAGGCCAUGUGUACUGUGCUCGAGAUUUAGCCGAUAUAUUGAAGAUUCCUCGUUGCUCUGCUUGUGACGAGCUUAUUUUUACCAAAGAGUAUACCGCGGCUGAAGGGGCUACAUUCCACAUCAAACAUUUCUGCUGUUAUCAAUGCGAUGCUCCGUUGGCUGGUCAGCAGUAUGUACCAGAUGAAAAAUCAAACAUGCCUCUCUGCCUAAACUGUUAUGAUACGUACUUUGCUAAAUCAUGCCACAAUUGUCGUGGAAUUAUCGGACCAGCUGAGCAAGGAGUCGCUUGGGGUAACAUUCACUGGCAUGGAGGGUGUUUUCUGUGCAGCGGAAAAGAUUGCGGUAAAUCACUCAUCGGUGGGCGAUUUUGUGUGAAAAAUGAAAUGCCUUUCUGUAGUUCCCAGUGUUUGAAAAGUAAGACGACUUAAGCAGUAUUUACACGAUAUAUAUUAGAGAAACUACAAUGCGAAAAUGGCCAAAGUAACUCAGUAACGGAGGUUUCAUUGAUGCUUUUAGGUUUUACGAGUCCAUCAUCUCACUAUAGUUUCUCUAAUAUACCUAUAUCUAGGAGCACAAUGUGCUUUAAAGCAAGACCUUUUAUAACUGAAGUAUUCAGAGACUAGAUCAGCAUUUUCUAUAAUAUUUACAAAACCUUUGCGUGCUAGAAUUACGUGCCACAUACAAAAACGU